ACCUCCAAUUCAACACGCUAAUGCAUUGCAAGAUUCUGAUUGGGAUACCGAAGAGAUUCCUGAUAGAGAUGAGCUCCAAACAACUUCAGAACCAUUUCGACGUUAUGAACUUAUGACUGAGUUGUAUGUAGUCCAAGUUGCAAUCUUGCACGUCAACGCAAAUUGACAUUCAUUGUCCAUUUAGCACUAAUCUAAAGAAUCCUGGACAUUGCCCUUUGGGGAUGUACAUGUCACCCUCAGCUGAUAAUCCGAAUGGUAUAUGAUUACACAAUAUUUGUUCGUGAAAAUCAUAUUUAUCCCAACAUUAGUAUGGUUUGGAGUUUUAUUUGUCAACAAGGGCUUUUAUCGGGCAGGCGUCUUCAAAUUUCGUUUAGUGAUCCCAGAGAACUAUCCAAACAAUCCCCCAACUGUAGCUUUUAUGACGGACAUGUUUCACCCACUUGUAGAUAUCAAUGGAAAUCUCAAUCUAGCCCAAAGGUUCAUGACAUGGCGACCUUAUCAAGAUUAUAUUCUGCAUGUCUUGCAUUAUGUCAAGACGAUAUUUAAACGAGCAGUGUUGGACGGUUUACUCGAUAAGCACUGUACUAACAAGGAAGCCUACAGACUGUAUCGCAAGGAUCCCACUGUUUUUGGUAAACUAGCUCAGCAAUGUGCCCAGCUUUCAAUUACGGCAUCAUUUUUAUUUGAUACAUUUCCGGACAAUAAUCUGAUUCGAUUCUCUGCUCUAAGCGAGACCAAGUUUGGUAGGCAUGCCUUUUAG